AUUUUUAUAUUUUCUUGAUGUUGUUUAUACUUCGGUGGAGCAUGCCAGCAGUACUUGUGUGUCGUAGUGCACUUGUCCUUGUUCGAAUGCGCAUUCGCACCUGUAUAUACCUUCGAACUGCCUUGACAGUUAUACAGUAUUCGUGCCUACAGGGAUGUCUGUGAUUGCCUAAAUUCCUUUUGUAUGGGUUCUCGACGUAUGCUAUUGUUUCGACAUCUUGAAAGUAGAUAGCCGAAACUGUCUGUCUUGUAUCGGCAAAGCCGUUUUAGUAUUUUACAACUCUUUUGGCAAGUGUUUGAAACAGUCGCGCGGGUGUUACUACGUUAACUUAUUCUAUCAAAAGCACUGAAGUCAGAUUUGUAAUGUUUUACGAGCGCUGUCAACGUUUUCGUGUCAAUAAAUAUGCACAACUCUCCUCUGCAUUUCUGACUUUAUCUCGAUAGCACUAUUAUCGAGCUUCGUAUGAUGUAUCUGUUUCUGAUUUCACGGGUAUACAUUAUCACAACAACACACUGUAUAUAUUGCAGUCAUAUUCGUAGCCAUAACUGAGGCGUCAAUGACACGUCUUCCUCUUCGUGGUAUAGGCCCUAUCUACCUCAUUCACCAAUCUGAUUGUAGCAUUGCCGUGUAUCCAAUUGCACUGAAUAGGCAGUAUCUCGUCGGUCUGCAGUGGAUAGUGGACUUGGCAGUGAAUGUCGAGGCUGAAUUGGCCAAGGAAGUGAGCCAGGAAGCAGAUAGUGAUGGCCCAGUUUCUUUGAUUCUCAUGGAGGGUAAGGAUCCAGUCACUGAUCUGCGAGCGAUGGGACACCUGGGGCUGUCCAGUGUGCACUACUUCUCUUGCACGUACCCGAAAUGGGCGAGAUCAGUCAUUACGAGGGCCAAUCAUCCGAAGCAUUGGUAUCCAUUCGCCAUAACUCUGAUUCAAAUAACCAGCUUCCUGUAUAGCCGGCUUCAGGAUGGCACACUGAACGCCACGCUCAUGUCGUUAAUUGAAGCCAAUGAUAGCGACGACGCCGAUGAAGACUUCAAACAACCUGUGCAAUGCGUUGCCUUCUUUGAUACGUGCUGCUAUAUGGCGGACCUAUUCGAUAGGAACUGGACGUUUGGGAAGCAUACAAACGUGAUGGAACACCCACGUGUCAUGCGGGAAACGGAGGAGGCCAUUCUAAGCACUGUACGCGGCGAGAAGAUCAUGGCUCGGUUCCUACCCGUACGACAAUUCACCAGGGGUCUAGAAUAG